AUGGAUCCAUUAAGUAUUGGAUCCAGCGUUCUCAGCUUACACCAACGAGAAAACAGCGAGCAGCACAAAGACGAUGCGUUCCGAGAGAUCAUUGCGAGCUGCCGGUCGCUGAGCAAGUAUGAGACCAACAUCAAGUCCGCCCUGCCCCAGAUCCUCUCGGCGAUCGUGGCCGCCUCGUUCCACAUCGUCAUCGGCAUCUCGCUGGCGUACUCAGCCAUCCUGAUCCCGCAGCUGGAGCAGCCGGGUAGUGACGUGCCGAUCACGAAAGCACAAUCGUCAUGGAUCGCGUCCAUCAUCGUGAUCAUGGUCCCGAUCGGAUCGCUUGUGGCUGGUGUCAUGAUGGAGUUCCUUGGGCGCCUUAACACGAUCAAGCUGGCGGCGUUCCCGUGCGUGGCAGGUUGGAUCGCCAUCGCGCUCGCGAACAACUUCACCUGGAUCAUGGUGGGCCGGGUGUUGACCGGUUUCGCGUGUGCUCUCGGAACUAGCCCAGCGAUCGUCUACAUUACGGAGGUGGCCCGACCGGAUAUGCGCGGAUCGUUGAUCUCUUCCGGUCCCACGCUUGCGUCUCUCGGUAUGGUGAUCGCCUACGCUAAGGGAGCCUUCAUGGAUUGGCGGCUAGUUUCCUGGAUCUGCAUCAUUUACACCAUCGUGCCGGUGCUGCUGAUCCAGCUGUUCGUUCCCGAGUCGCCCGUGUGGCUGGUGUCGAAGGGACGCAUCGAGGAUGCAGCCCGGUCACUGCGGUUCCUCUAUAAAAAGUAUCCCCAGCCGGAGCAUACGGACCAGCCACUCUCGGAGAUGCACUUAAAUGCACUGCUGAAGGAGCGGGAAACCAAAAUAGCCGAAGCGGAGAAAAACGUUAACCGACACGGCGUGCAGCAGUCCAAGCUUCGUGGAUUCCUCAAACCAACCGGCUACAAACCGAUGAUCAUCCUGUUCUGGUUCUUCCUGAUCCAGCAGUUUAGUGGCAUAUACAUCACGCUUUUCUUUGCCGUCACCUUCAUCCAGGAUGUCGGUACCGAAGUGAACGCAUUCACGGCGUCCAUCUUCGUCGGAUUGACUCGAUUCACGAUGUCCCUGCUCAAUGCGUGGCUUCUGAAGCGUUUUCCUCGACGACACCUCGUCAUGGUUUCGACCACCGGCAUGGCUAUCUGCAUGUUUGUGUCCGGAUUGUUCACGCUGUGGAUAAAGGAAGGCACCACCACGUUGACAUGGAUUCCGGUCGUAGGAUUGCUGCUGUACGUGUGCUCCUCCAUGAUCGGGCUGCUCACUAUACCCUGGACGAUGACGGCUGAGCUGUUCCCAACCGACAUCCGUGGUAUCGCUCACUCGAUAUCCUACUCAAUGGCGAAUCUGUUGAUGUUCUUCGCCGUGCAAAGCUACAGAACCAUCACCGAUCUGCUGGGUGGAGCGUACGCAGUGCAAUGGAUGUUCGCGGUCGUUUCCGUGAUUGGCUUUUUCUUCGCUCUCUUCUUCCUGCCCGAGACGCAAGGCAAGAGUUUGGCCGAGAUUGAGGCGUACUUUGCGGGAAAAUCGCAACCCCAGCGUGCACCAACUGAGCGAGCGGCCAAACCAUCCGUCACAGAGCAUCUAAUUCGUAGCCCAAGCCGAGAGGCGAAGCUGAAGGAGGUGGAACUGAUGCUGAAGAAUAAAAACGUUGCUUAGGCAGGGGCAGCAGUUGAUACUGAACACAGUGCAUACAGGGAUAUGUGGUGAGCCGGAAAAUUGUGGUUCGAUGCAGAGUAGACGACUGACCAUUGGCGGAAGUAUUGCAAACGCUGCGAAUGAAGCAGCUGUACUUAACGUAGAACGAUAAGGAAGCACAACGAGUUAAUCGAACGAACUGCCCCCGCCCAGUGCCGUAACCGUGCUAGCAACAAAUGCGGUUGGAUCAGCGUGAAGAGAAUAUUUAGAUAUUUAUUUUAUAGUAUUUUCAAAUUUAGGCACCAUUUGCUCCAUAACCGUUUCUCUCAUUCCUUCUGCCACGCUCCCAGAAAGGCAAAGCAAAUCGCAGUACUGAAUGUGUAAUUGUGUGUUUUCUGUUGAAUGAUUGCCCUGCUUGGGGUGUGCAUAGCCGUGCGAAAUUAUUCGGUCGACUGAGUACGGUGAAGCCAUUCGCAUGAUGAUGAAACCAGCACCACUCCGGUGAAGCCAUUCAAUGCAAUUCAAGUUCAAAACACAGCGUAUUAAUCGUAUUCGAAGUAUUGCAAGUGCGUAGAAUUAAUUCGGAAUAAAUACUGUUGAAUGAAAGAGCGGUCAAUGUAACAGACGUGUAAUUGCUUUUUGCGGGUCAGAGCAUCCGACAAAGAGGAGUAUGGAGCAUCUGCGGUAGCUCUUAUAAAGUAGCUUCACGGUUUAGCGCCGCAAUAACACUGCUACACUUUUUAGCGCCAUCUAUUGGAUUUUCCAUCAACUAGUGAGGUUAUAGUACAAGCGCGAUUAGGUGUAAAGCAUGCUGUUUUGAUGAUGUGACGCGAGAAAACAGGUGAAUUUUGAAUAAAACCAAUAGU